UCCGGGUGAAGGCGCUGUGUACUAAUGGUGAGAAGAUGAGCCAAAUCGAAGAACUAAAACUGUUUGUCUACGGGCGGCUCCAAGCUGCUGCUUCUGAAAUAUUUGGUGCUAUUGAGAAAACAGUAACGGAAUACGAGGAGCGUGCUAGUCGCUUGAAGGAAGACAACGACCGCCACCGUUCACUUAUAGAUAUUAUCCUCAAAACCAAGCUACCACAGAAACAAGCAAGUCCGGCUACUAAAAGUACUCCUGCUGCUGCAGGCCCUGGUGGUACAUCAGAUUCAAAAGUUCCCUCCAAGACUAGAGUAACCUCCUACCAGCCCAAUGACUUGCAGUUUGUAUUCACCUCGCGCAGGGACUUUUUCAAGUUUGUUUCCAAUGGCAACUGUCCCUACUGCGUCAAGGGAAUUCAGGCCACAGAGAAACAUUUGACGAGAAGGCAUUAUCUAUUCGCUGUUCAUUACACUGAGAGUGGCACUGAAAAAUUUGUUGUACCGUGUAUGUGCAAAGACAGGAUCAAGGGCAGAAGUCACUGGCACUGCCCAUACUGCACAAAGAUCAUAUUUCGGAAAUGUAACUUUGAGGUGCACUUAUCUAAGCAGCAUGGUUAUACAAUACUGCAACAAGGCCUAGAAUCAGAGAUGGAUCAGCCCUCCAUGUCCGUCUUUGAGGAGGACAUCCCCUUGAGUCCUGAACCCUGGUGUCAGCAAGACGUCAGCAGUCUGAACCGGGAGGACCAACAGGCCUCGCUGCUGCUUGAAGUUAAAGAAGAACAGGAACAAGAAAUGCAGAGACAAGUGAGUCAUCAGGAGGUGCAGUACACAGAUCAACUGCUAAGGAAAGGCAAACAGAUUCAAAAUGGUAACCGUCAAAUGGGAGAACAACAUCGGGCGGCAGAUCAUGAGCAAGACUCUGCACUCAACAUCGUCUGUGUGGACAGUUUUAUCCAAGAUAUCAGUGAAAUCAACAGCAUGGAAAGUGGCAGGAGACAUUCUCUUUGUAAUUCUUCAACCGAGGUUGUGGAAACUCAGCCCGAUACUGGGGUUACUAAAAUACAGGAGCCAGCUGGAGAACCUCCACCAAUCACUGAAGGCAGUGCUGUUGCUAAGGACAGAAGAAGCAGCAAGACUGAGAAGGGGAACAAGGACAAUCAAGUGCCUGCUGACAAAGAGUGGGACAAAGGGGCAAAAAUAGUCACAGUGAAAGGGGCAGAAGUGGAGACUGGAGUGAAUGUCAUUGUUGACAAGGCUUGCAUUGUCCUCUAG